GGCCGGCUUUGCUGUUGCUUCGGCAGCUCUCAAUUCCUUUUUUCUCUUGACGUUGAACCGCACUCACCCGCACCUCUACCCACCUAACCUCGCUGAUUCGAAGCUCCCUCUCUCUUCCUCUAUGCAUUGCGCCACGUACAUGUCGACAGAAGUUCACGCGCGCAAGAGAAGUCCGUCGCUAAAUCCACGCAGUCCACUAGGUGAACCGCUGCUGGUUCUUGUGAGCGAGCAGCUCGGAGCUGCUACUUAACCAAAAAAAAGAGGAGGGAUUGCAUACGAACCGCAACGAUGCCGCCUCUAUUCGAGGUCUCGCGCCCCCUUUUCCGGUCCCUCGCGCAGAGCCAACGCCUGUUCCACCGCGCCGCGAAAUCCGCGCCGUCGUCGUCCGCACCCCCUUAUCUAUCUUCGCCGCGCCCCUCCGUCUCGUCGGGCUCGUCGGUGUCACCCCUGCUCCCCUCGCGACAAUACCACCACCAACACCAGCACCACCACCAACUUCUCUUCCACCCGCGGCAAGAGCCGAACGCGCGGCGGGUGACGGCGCGGCCGCGGGGCGCGAACGCGGGGGCGGGGGCGGGACAGCGGCGGCACAAGGCAAAGACGGUGGAGGAGGCGCGGAGCCGGUACCGCACCGGCCCGUUCUCGUGGAAAGCAGGCGUGCUGUUCGUGACCGCGGCGGUCGGCCUGACGUGGUACUUCGAGAGCGAGAAGGAGCGGAUGCACCGCCGGCGGGUGGCCGAGGCGACCAAGGGCGCCGGCCGGCCCAAGGUCGGCGGGCCGUUCGAGCUGCGCGACCAAGAGGGGCGGCCGUUCAGCAGCGAGGCGCUGAAGGGGCGGUAUGCGCUGGUGUACUUCGGCUUCACGCACUGCCCGGACAUCUGCCCGGAUGAGCUGGACAAGAUGGCGCGGAUGGUGACGCUGGUGGAGGAGCAGCGGCCGGGGUCGAUCACGCCGGUGUUCAUCACGUGCGACCCGGCGCGGGACGACCCGGCGACGCUGAAGGCGUACCUGGCCGAGUUCGACGAGCGGCUGGUGGGGCUGACGGGGACGUACGAUGAGGUGCGCGACGUGUGCAAGGCGUACCGGGUCUACUUCAGCACGCCGCGCGACAUCAAGCCGGGGCAGGACUACCUGGUGGACCACAGCAUCUACUUCUACCUGAUGGACCCCGAGGGCGACUUCGUGGAGGCGCUAGGCCGCCAGCACAGCCCCGAUCAGGCGGCUAACGCGAUCCUCGAUCACAUGAAGGACUGGAAGGGCGGGUGGCGGCAGUGAUGGGGACGGCGAGAAGGGGGGGGGAGAUGGAUGUACAUUGGAACCGAGACACACUACUCCCCCGCCAGAGACGGGCCUAAUCGAUCUGGCUGGUAAAGUUGCAGGUUGUACAUAUGCGGUUUGUAGCCGCGGAAGAUAGGGAAACAUCAUGGGAUACCUGAUGGAUUACGGCUUGGGACUGGAGGGAUCGGUGACAGGGUAACCAAAGGCAACCCGCUCCCCGGAUGUACCUUUCAUGCCAUAAUGUAGACUUCCUACCUCGGGCAGGCCAAGUUUACGUGUCUAUACAGGUGAAUGCAACAGGUACGUCGACGUCUGCGUGGUAGGUACUGCUGGUAGGUAAUUCUUGCGCCACUGGGCUUGUUGCCGGACCUGGCAACAUCUGGAGAGUUAUGCAGACGAGUCGGAAGCGUUGAGGCGUGGGUUCAUGUCGGACGGGAGACGGAUGGCU